UCACGUCCCUGCUCUCUGAAUGCUGCAGUAACGUUACUUUAUCACCCUGCUGGCUUUGUAAAGUCUUUAUUUCCCACAUCUACUGCUGUGGAGGACGCGCUGCUCGCUCUACAGGUUGGUCCACUACAACAUCAUCUACAAACUGACCCAGUCUGGACUUUGAUCAGCAUUGUUGACUGAGCAGCCAGGAUCCACCCGGGCUUUGAGGUCAGAGGUCAAAGAUCCAUGGGAACCAGGAGGGUGCUGGUGACUGGGUGCUCCUCUGGCAUCGGCUUGGCUGUGGCUGCACGGCUCGCCAAGGAUGAGCUCAGACGGUUCAAAGUGGUCGCCACAAUGAGGGAUCUUGGGAAACGAGGGGCCUUGGAGAAAGCAGCAGGUGACAACUUAAACAAAACCUUGGAGAUCAAACAGUUGGAUGCCUGCUGUGAAGCUUCCAUCAGAGAGUGUGUCAACAGCCUGCCGGAGAGACGGGUGGAUGUUCUUGUGAACAAUGCCGGCGUCGGUAUGAUCGGACCACUGGAGUGCCAAAGUAUCGACGCCAUGAAGGAGCUCUUUGACACAAACUUCUUUGGCCUGGCACGGCUGGUGAAGGAGUUGCUGCCUGACAUGAAGCGGCGGCAGAGUGGCCAUAUUGUGGUGAUGAGCAGCGUCAUGGGAAUACAGGGGCUUCUGUUCAAUGACAUCUACUCCGCCUCCAAAUUUGCUGUGGAAGGAUUUUGUGAAAGUCUGGCGGUGCAAGCAAUGAAGUUUAACAUCAAGACGACUCUAGUGGAACCCGGCCCUGUGGUGACAGAGUUUGAAAGGAAACUGUACGAGGAUGCUGAGAAGAUGGAUCUAUCGGGGACUGAUGAGGAGACGGCCAAAAUCUUCCGUGAACUUUACCUGCCAUACUCCGAAAAGGUCUUCGCCUCAUUAGGCCAGACACCAGAGGAAGUGGCUGAGCAAACUGUUAAAGUGAUCACAGCCAAGGAGCCUCCUCUACGCCACCAGACCAACCGCCUAUACAUGCCCAUGACUGCACUGAAGCACGCAGAUCCGACUGGCCGACUGCCUCUGGACACCUUCUAUAAGAUGAUCUUUAAACAUGACAGUGUGUUGAAUGCAACUCUCAGGGUGCUGCGCGUGCUGCAGAGAAGGGCAGGGAAGAAGUAAGGAUUGCACUGAGUAUAAAUGUUAUUUAUAAGGAGACAGUGACUGACUGUGGUAGAUUCACACAGUCUGUUUUUUAAGUGUAGUAUCCCACUCUAAGGAGAGUUUUCUUCUGAGCAGCAAUGAACACGGCACAAACCAUAGGAUGUUGUCUUGUACAAUAACUGCAAAUAAUGUUAAAGGUCCAGUGUGUAGGAUUUAGGGGGAUAUAUUGGCAGAACUUGAAAAUUCAGCUCCCAGUGAAACCUUCCCUGUAGUGAACCCCAGGCCAGACAAUGGUGAAGCGUACUGAUGUUUUCAGAAGUCUUUCAUUAUGUUCAACCAUUAUUAUUUAUUUGAACACCAGCAUUUCCUUCAGGACACAGUGGGGUUAUUGAUAUUCAGUUAAGCCUGCAGCUAUUUUGAGCACGACUGUCGACUGUCCACACAGAAAUCAUAAAUGACACUGAAGGAACAAUAACCGUGAGUUCACACAUGGCUCAUGGGAGAAGUUUCAGCUGGUUGCAGUCUGCAGUCCUCACUGCUAGAUGCCACUAAACCUACACACUGCUCCUUUAAUAAUUCACGUACUGUAAAUAUGCAGGUAAUAUUUAUAGGUCUUCUUUCUUGCUGUGCAGAUCUUUUUUAUUUCUUUGUAACAUUUGUACAGGUAAAUACUGUAUAAUAAUGUCAAAGUAAAAUGUAAAAAUAUAAGCACUCUUCCAUUUUCACUUUUUAUUAAGGUCAUUUAUAUGUUUUAUGUGUUGCAGUGAUUCUAACAAGGAUAUAGUGUAACCAAAACUAGUAAAGUUAGGAAUAUUAUAAUUUAUCUGAUUGGCAGAAAGACAAACAAAUAAAUGUUAGUAAUAAAUGAAUAAUAUAUUAUUUAAUAAAAUA